AUAAACUUUAUCCUAACAUUACUAACAAACACCACCUUAGCCGUUCUACUCAUACUUAUCGCUUUCUGACUUCCCCAACUAAAUGCAUACACAGAAAAAAUAAGCCCAUACGAAUGUGGAUUUGACCCCAUAAAAUCUGCCCGCCUACCUUUCUCUAUGAAAUUUUUCCUAGUCGCAAUCACUUUCCUCCUAUUCGACCUAGAAAUCGCCCUACUACUCCCACUACCAUGAGCAACCCAAACAAAUAAUCUAAAAACAAUACUCCCCACAACCCUAUUUUUAAUCUCCCUACUAGCUAUUAGCCUAGCCUACGAAUGAACUCAAAAGGGCCUAGAAUGAGAUGAAUA